CCCGUGUGUGGGCAGUUAUAAGAGAACUUGGUGUUGCUUCAGACUCUCAGUUUGUCGUUGGUCACUUCUCAUGUUUUCCGUUUGCCUCACGGUCAAAUAACCGUUAGUUGGCGAUGUUCCGUCGGAAAGACCGAGGCAGGACCUGAAGAACUACAGCCAGCAGUUCGUGUCCACAAAACCAGCAGUUACUGGGUACAAGCGAAUCCCGGAACUUGAGACGGGAGGAACCGAGCUAACGUUAGCUAGCUUUUUGUUGACAGUGUGCUUUGCUGUCAAACCAGAAGCUCCGCUAAAGUCGCCGCAGGUAGACAGAUAACCGCUCCCAGACCUCACCGCUAGCAGCCAGGCUGACUUUUAUUGGAGCCGAAAUUCGUUUGAAGUUUCUUUCACUUUUAACCACUUGUGGAUCUUGAAGAUGGCAUCAAGAGGAAGCUUCACGGGUCCUCCGAUGAAUCCCAGUGUGAGCCCCAUGAACGUCGGGCACGCUGCGGGCAUGAGGAUGCCAGGAAUGCCGCAACCUCCGGCUGGUUACCCCCGGAGCAUGAACACCACACCCCAAUACCCCUCGCGUCCAGGGAUGCCACCCAGUAGAGUGGGGGGCCCCAUGGGGUCAAUGGGGGGUCAGCUGCCAGGCCCCUCCUAUGGUGGCGGUAACAUUCCCAUGAGGCCAGGCAUGGGACACCCGAGCAUGGACGCCUCAAGGAAGCGCUUUCUUCAUCAGCAGCAUCAACAACAGCAAGAGGCGCUGGGAGGCCUCAGACGAGGACCAAAAAGACGCAAGAUGGCUGACAAGGUUCUGCCACAGAGGAUCCGUGACCUGGUCCCAGAGUCCCAGGCCUACAUGGACCUGCUGGCCUUUGAGAGGAAGCUGGAUCAAACCAUCGCCAGAAAGCGUAUGGAGAUUCAGGAGGCCAUCAAGAAGCCUAUUAUGCAAAAGCGCAAGCUCAGGAUCUACAUUUCCAACACUUACACUCCCAGCAAGCCUGAGGGUGAGGAGGCGGAGAAGGUGUCCUCCUGGGAACUGAGAGUGGAAGGCAAACUCCUGGAGGAACCGGGCAAGCAGAAGAGGAAGUUCUCAUCUUUCUUCAAAAGCCUGGUGAUUGAGCUCGAUAAGGAGCUCUAUGGACCUGACAAUCACUUAGUAGAGUGGCACAGAAUGCCCACCACUCAGGAGACAGAUGGUUUCCAAGUGAAAAGGCCCGGUGACGUGAAUGUGAAAUGCACCCUUCUGCUCAUGCUCGAUCACCAGCCCCCUCAGUACAAACUGGACCCACGACUGGCUCGCCUUCUGGGUGUGCACACACAGACACGAGCCAGCAUCAUGCAAGCUCUCUGGCUCUACAUCAAGAACAACAAGCUGCAGGACAGUCACGAGAAGGAGUACAUCAAUUGCAACCGCUAUUUCAGACAGAUCUUCGGCUGUCCACGAAUGAGGUUCUCUGAGAUUCCCAUGAAGCUGGCGGGCCUGCUGCAGCACCCUGAUCCCAUUAUUAUCAAUCACAUCAUUAGUGUGGAUCCCACAGAUCAGAAAAAGACAGCAUGUUAUGACAUCGAUGUGGAGGUGGACGACCCACUGAAAGGCCAGAUGAACAGCUUUCUGUCCUCUACAACCAACCAACAGGAAAUUGCUGCACUUGAGAUGAAGAUUCAUGAAACCAUCGAGUACAUUAACCAGCUGAAGACUGAGAGAGACUUCAUGCUGAGCUUCAGCAAUAAUCCACAAGAGUUCAUCCAGGACUGGCUGAAGUCUCAGAGCAGAGAUCUGAAGUUGAUGACAGAUGUGACUGGAAACCCAGAAGAAGAGAGGAGGACUGAGUUCUACCAGGCACCGUGGGUCCCAGAGGCAGUGGGACGAUACAUUUAUUCAAAGGUGCAGCAGAGAAGACAAGAGUUGGAGCAAGUGUUGGGUAUCCGACUCACCUAAAAACAUAUUCCAGAGCCAACUCAAUACUCAGCAGAUGAUAAUGUGUGCUCAAGUGAAACUGGAAGGAAACAAGCUAACAUUGCAGUGUAAAUGUCCAUGAAGCCAUCCUCACAUAAUGAGUAUACAGGACCAAACUGAUGAUUUAAACGUCCUUUAUAGUACGCUUGCCUUGCAUUGUCUGUCAGUUUGAGCCUGUUUAAAUAACCUUUGUCUCUUUGUGCAACAUGUUUCGCUUAUGGUACAAAAUGCUUAAAACUGUUUAAGCACUGGUGCUGUUCAGAUGUUUUUUUACUAUCACCUUGUGUGCUAUUUUUGAAAAGGGGCCUGUUUACCUUCACUUUUAUAAGCCAUAACCUUGAGAUGGAGACAAUGUCUGAUGUCUGUGAACAAGAAAUGGGAGGCAUUGUAGGAUAAAAUAUAUAUAUAUAUAUAUAUAUAUGUAUUCAUGCUUAAGCACAUUUUACAGCAGAAAUAUUGAUUAUAUUCUUUAAAAAACAUGGGAAUGAAAAGUCUAAAUGUCUUAUGGAUUGAUAGAAGCUAGAAAUGGCUUUUUAUGCCAACAAUAAUUUUACAAGUUGAGGUGCUGUUUUUUUGUUUUAUGUAAUUUGAAAUGAAACGCCUGCUAUGUAAAAGAGCAGGAAUUCCAAGAGAGCUCUACUCUGGGAAAGAUUGAGUUCCUUGUCUGUACAAAGACUAGUCCACUCGGUCCAGCUGUAAUUCUUCGACUCUUUUUUUUGUUCUUUUUGAAUGUUUACAAGCUGUUUUCUUUUGUUGUUUUGAUGUUUUAUUAUUUUAAUUCCAGGGCGAUGAACUGUGGCAGACUUUCUAAACUGCAGGGAACCUUACUUCCCCAAAAAGGUUAACUGAUAUUAAUAAAAAUUUUAAAAAAAGAAAAAAGGAAAUGCAACUGUAGUUAGUCAGCUCAACAAAGUGCCAAAUUGUUGUGUAGCUUUUAUUUGUUCUCUUUUCAUUGAAUUUGUCAUCUUGAAACAUUCCAUGUUAAGAUUGUGCCAAAAUGUUUUUUUUUUUUUGUAUGUGUGAGAAAGGCACAUAAAUUUGAGAAAUACUGUGUACAAAUGAUUUUAAUUUUUUGUACAGCCUCUUUGUAAAAUGUUUGCAUGUUGUGUAUCAAUCAAAAGCCUUUAUCUUUUAUACAUUUGGAGUAUUUUUUACAAUAAAUGUGCUUACAAAUGUU